CCUUUUUCUUCCUUGUUCUCUCCGCCGCCUACAAUUCAUCUUGACUCCAACCCUCUGCCAUUUGCUUCUUUUAUGCUUAUAACAAUCACUGUAUUAUCCUUUUUUUUUUCCCUAUAAUUGUAUGUAUUUUUUUAGCUUUUUUUUUUCUGUUUAAAUAUGUGCUCCUAAAAAUUCUCUAAUUGUCGAGAUCCAUUCCAUUCCAGGCAUGUUAACAAAUAACAAAGCAAAUAUUGUUACGGUAGGGUUGUGGCUUAAUGAUUUUAUUCCUGUUGAAUUGUGUGCAAGUCAUCAGUCAGAUCUCGUGUAUAUAUAUAUAUAUAUAUAUAUAUAUAUAUAUAUAUAUAUAUUAUUUUUUUGGUUUUCAUUUCUUUUGUAAUUACUUUGUUUGCGGUGGAUGCAAAUCUGAUUAGUUUCUGAUUUUCGUAAUAGCCAGUGGAUGGCAGGUUGGUUAGGCGGCGAUUCAUCUAUUGUAGGAAUUUUUAAGUAAUUCAAUAUUUGCUCUGAGUUUUUUUUUUUUUUUUUUUUUUUAUUAACCAAGUUAAAUUGAUUGUAUAUGAAUGGAUUUUAAGUUAAAUUGAUUGAAUAUAUCGUUUUUCAUUACAGAAGGAAGUGUCGAAAAUCCAAAUAUUUUAAGUUGAUUGAAUUGUGCAUAUUGUAAGAUAUUAUCAUUGAUUGCAGCCUAUAUAAACUACAAUUGAUGUUUUCAUGCUUUUGUGAACAUUGUUCUUACAUUAUGUGAACAUUGUUUUCAUGUUUGCACCAUACUACCUCAAUUCCAUUCACACAUAUCGUUCCAGAUGACGGACAUUGUAGCGGGCCCCGGUGAUCCACAAACACUUUAUCCCGAUGCAGACUGGUUAGAGAAGACAUUUCUGCAUAAAUCCCGGAACCCCUUGUACAGGAUCUCGGAUAUCUACAAAAACCCUGGAUGCUGGCUUGUCGUCGACAAUACAUACGAAUGAGAUCUGAAGCAAAUAUGUAUAAGAUGAGGUCCGAAGAGCAGCCAGAUGAAUGAACAACGGUGGAUUGAAAAUGAUCCAACUGGCCGUUAUUGUCGAGUAAGUUUGAGGAGGUUUCGGGGAAAGGAGCAUCGGAAACUUUGUACAAGGGGCUGGACGAAUUGCUCGGGAUAAAAGUGGCAUGUAAUCAAGUGAGGCUCGUUGAUUUGCUUCGAUCACCAGACGAAUUACAAAGGGUCUACUCCGAAGUUUACCUUCUCCUUCUCAGCAUCUUCCGAUUCUACACUUAUUGCAAAGGAUCAAAACUGAACAUUCAAUUUUUUUAUAACAGAGAUGUUCACUUCCGAGAAUACAAAGUGAAUACUCGAGCUAUAAAGAUAUGGGCCCGGCCCGCCAAAUACUCGAAGGCCUUGUAUAUUUGCAUGGCCAUGAUCUCUCAAGUGUGAUAACAUCUCGGAAAAGUAAAACAUGGCGAUCUUGGCCUGGCAUCAAUUCUACGAGGCUCAUGUAGAGCACACAUCUUUAUAGAUCUCCCUGAAUCAAGAGCUUUACUGGAAGGAGCAUACAAAUCGAUUGGGGAUUUAUACUUGGGAAAGGGUUCUGUUGCAACUUUUAAGUUAUUUUUAGGUGCAAACAAAUCGAUUGGAAAGUUGGGAAGGGUUUUGUUGCAACUUAAGGUUCCCAAAGGAUCGAAGUCCCCUUUCCUAAUCUGAAAUGUCGGAUUCAUUCUCUCUUAGAUCUACUUGAAUCAAGAGCUUACUGGAAGUUAUUUUUUAGGAUCUAACAAAUCGAUUGGGAAGUUGGAAAGAUACAAAUACUUGGGAAAGGGUUCUGUUGCAACUUAAGAUUUAUAGGGUAUAAUUCUCGUCCCUAAUUAACUAUAGCGACAAAAUGAGUUGGCGUUAUGAAAGGAAUCGUCCGGAGCUUGGCGAGAUCGUGAUGAUAGAGGUGAAGAGGCGGACCACUGAAUUGGUAUACGUGACGUUGUUGGACUAUCAAAAUGCACUAGGCAGCAUCAUGCUUUCCAAGCUGUCUACCAACCGUCCCAAUCCCAAUGUCGCUAGAGUGAUCAACACAAGCCACAGUACAAUUUAUCUGACCGGGAAAAAAAUUCCCAAAAACGAAAUUUACGAGUGCUGGGAGAAACAUAGAGACAAUCGCUUAGUUCACUCAGUAUUGGAAGAAGUUGCCAAGAAAAUGGAAGAUAUUGAUCUCGGGGUGCUAUAUACUUCGAUAGGUUGGCCACUACACCAAAAUUAUGGCCGGGCGAUUUCCGCAUUCAGAAUGAUCACCAAUGAUCCAAGACUAAUGACUGAUACUGAGAGUGAUGAUACUGAGAGUGAUGAUACUGAGAGUGAUUAUCCAGAUGUGUAUCUAUUCCUUCGUACGUGUUCCAGGAUAUAUAAUAUUGGUUAUGAUGUCAUAAAUGCCUUUAUCGAGGAAGUAUUGCGUAAAUCUGAAGAAAAUUUUGAAGCUAGUAGGGUUGACAUGGAGACUGCCUUCGGUAUUCCUUAUAAGGCGCCACCAGCAAGUAUUUAUUGGCGGGAGAAAUAUGGUGGAGUCGUCGUUGAUGACCAAAAAGAUUGUGAGUCUUGUUCGAUGGCAUCUGUGUGUGCAUUGGUAAGCUACCAAUUGUAUUUAGAUCGUGGUGAUUAUUCUUCCGCGUCAGUGCAACACUUGAUCGACCACGUCGGUCAAGUUUAUCCUUUGCUUGUUGGAAACGAUAACGAAGUGGGAUGUCAAGACUGCAACGAGAGAGUCCCGCUGGCGUACAUUGAGAGAUUCGGUGUAUGCCUGCGUGAGGACUAUCCGUUCCAGAAUAGAAGAUUGAUGUUUGAUGAGAUUCCACAGAUACGCAAUUACCCCAAAAUACAAAUAUCUGGCUGGGGACUUGUGCCUAAAGGAACAUCCUUCAAAGACAUCAUGCGACUCCUAGCUCAAGGUCCGAUUAUCGGAACUAUGGUAGUCUAUAGGAGCUUUGACGAGCUCAAGCCAAAGGUUUAUUAUGAAGGUUGUGUCCCUUCAGAUUUUGAUGAUGAUGCACCUGUACCUACUAUUCACUCUAUACUUCUAGUCGGUGGGGGCGACGACGAAGAGAUAGGCGAGCACUUUGAAGUGCACAAUUCAUGGGGGGAUGAAUGGGCUUACAAAGGAGGUGCCAAAGUUGCAGCACAUCUCAUCACUCCAUAUUAUUUUGUAAUUGGAGCACGAUUAGUUCAGCCGGAGCACCAAACUCUUGAGAUGAGAGCUGGCGUACCUGUUGUGGUAGGUUGAGGAGGCGGGUGCAAAAGAGAACACAAAUGGAUCAGUUCUUCUACUUUGACUCAGUAAAGUCGUGACUUCCUGGCGAGCCAUUAGUUCUUAGUGAUUUCAGUGUUUGGCUCGAAGCUUCAAUAAAUCCUCUUAUUCACAUAGAAGCUUUGCAGAAUCGAGUGGUGAAACUGAUAUCCUGUUUCUAAUUUUAUUUCAUUUCUGUUUUGGAAUUUGUUAAAAAAGUAAAUCCAUCCCUGAUUUCGAAUUUGGUGGUUUCGUGUAUUAAAAUGUGGAUACUUUCGUGUGUAUUAGACAUAAAGGAUGCUUAAUGAAAAAAUAGUUCCACAAA